AUGUUCCCUAUGUUCUAUCGAAGCAUGUUCAGCGAUCGGAUCACUCCACUGCUUUUGCUGGCAAUCUCGUUCAUCUCAUUACUUUACUUCGCUGUCUACUUCAUGGGUAUGUUUGAUUUCGUCGACGGCUGCAGUUUCUACUACGAUCACCAGUACAAGGUGUGGACCUUUGGCGUGGAGCAGUGCAGCCAGAAAAUGGCCUUCUAUAUCGACAUGUGUUACAAUGUCUCAAUCUUCGUGGUCAUAUGUGGCAUUGAUAUGGUGGUAUUCGUGCACCUGAGAUCAGCAACAAAGAAAAUGAUUGCACUUACUGGAACAGCGGCAGAAGCGCACAAUAAGCGCCGGCUCAGGAAAGAAACGCGACUAUCGUCAGAGGUCAGGUUUAAUCUUCAAGUCGAAGCUGUGCGAACGCCAAAGUUAGGAAAAGCAGCUGUUCUCAACAAGUGCACGGUCGGUGUGCAGCUCAAUGGCCGCUAUCUCGUAUUGACAACGGUUGAAGCGACGAAUCUUCGCGUUUCGUUGGCGAAUGAUGCAUCUCUUGAUGUUGACCUUGGCUGGACAUUUAUUGUUUCAUUUCUUUUCGAUUUGAAUAAACAAAUCAUUCCUGAGCUCCUGCAUGUAUUCGUUUAUGCUUCUCUGUUUUCACCUGAUAACAAGAGUGAUAUCAAGUGGAUUUGGUCUAUUCAUGUGUACUACGUUCAUAUGGGCGUUUUCUCACGCCAUUGGAGGGUUGAUUCUGAUAUGCUUCAAUCCCGAGAUUCGGAGGCAUCUUGUGGGUAUUCGACAUUUCCUCAACUUCCUCAAGGACCCCGUCACUGUGUCCUUGAUUAG